UCCUUCUUGACUUCUCUUUUUCUUUCCACCACCACCAUCAUCAUCAUCUCUUCCACCACUGGUUCCCCAUAAUUGUACUUCUUUCCUUUUCUCUCUUCACUUCUGAUCUUAUCUCUCUCUUUUAGUUUCUCUUACCCGCUUUCUUUUUUACACACACAAAACUAGAGAAGCCCACAAGGCCUUUUCACACUCAACGAAGUAGUAAAUACCUCACAACUAGUUUUUCUUUGCUGCAAUUCCGACAUACCAUGGGAAGAUCAAAGUAACAAUUAGUCGUUCUUGGAUUCUUCUUGUGAUUAUUCAAUAGAAGAAAGAAGAUAUUGUAUGCACUUUCUAGCUUAGCAAAACAUGAUAACACCAGACAUCAACUUGGAAUGCGAAAAUGAUUCAGAAGUCAGCAGCCAAGUAGCUUCCGACGUAGCACCGCAAGACUCGUUCCCUAAUCCAUCAAAAGAGAGCACCACCAGCUCGUCCUGUCUCACGAAUAUUAUAAAACUUCAGGAAGAUCCCGCGCCUGUUUCCCUUGACUUAUCACUGCAGUUUAGCUCCAGUUUGAACCCUGAGUUGAGAGGCAGGGGUGAAGUUCCUACUCAUACUUCAGUGUCAACAAAUCCAAGAGUCUUCUCGUGCAAUUACUGCAGGCGCAAAUUCUACAGCUCGCAGGCACUCGGGGGACAUCAGAAUGCUCAUAAGAGGGAGAGGACAAUGGCAAAACGCGCUAUGAGGAUGGGAAUUUUCUCCGGGAGAUAUAACAGCUUGGCAUCUCUUCCCCUUCAUGGUUCUCCAUUUCGGUCCCUCGGGGUAGAAGCUCAUGCUGCAGCACACCAAAGAACCAUACCGUCGGAGAGACCUGAUAUGAGAGGCGGAGCAAGGUUUCAGCCAGGCUAUUAUGGACUGCCGGUUUUCAUGGAGGACGACGACAUGGAUCUGUUUUGGCCCGGGAGUUUUAGGCAGGUGGAUGAGGGAACUGGUGGUGGUUCGGAACUCCAAUUUGCUCAGAAUUCAGAUAUGAAUAUUGUGACACAGAUGCCAUCCCCAAGAACAGAUUCAUCUUCUCCUGAUCUUACUUUAAAGCUCUAAGAUUUUUUAUAUAUUAUAAGUCAAAGUUUCUUUAGAAUGCUGCUACUUAUGUUGUAAACUUUGUACAGCGAGAUUGCUUUUGUAACGGCCGCAUUUUCUUUUUCUUGUUUUAGUAUCCGCUUUCUGGUUCAUCAAUGAUGCUUCUUUUCUUGUUGUGUCUGAUGUAUAAGUUUUGGAGGAUAAAAUUGACUGCUUCAAAGCUUGUGAUCAUAUUAAAUGCUAUUAUGUUUGAUGAUGGUAAUUUUUUGAAGCCU